ACUCGGCUCUGCGAUUCCCCUUCACUCUGUCACUAGACAGCCCAAUGGAGCCUGCUGCGGUCGAACCAAGACCCACUGGGGUCAGCAGCCUCCUGGGUGUCCCAGGGCUCAUCACCUGGGAUGGGGACGAGGCGAACGACGCAGAGGUGAUCGGUGGCAUCAGGACCAAGUCCUCUCCUCUCCCACGGAGAAGGAGCGCCAAUGACUUAAAGGACUGUGUGCUCGAGCUGACCCCGUCCAACUCCCGGAGGGUGUCCUUUGCGGACGCCCUCGGCCUAAACCUGGUGAAAGUGAAAGAGUUUGACUCGUGGGACAUAACAAUCCCGUUGAACUUCAAUGCCCUGGAGGGAGAGAAAGAGGUAAAGGAAUACUACUUGUCCUCGUUAUACACUCCUCCACCAUCCCAAGACGCCAUGGUCCUGAGAGUUCAGGAGCAGAAGCUAGAGCUGGAAAGUAUUGACUUACUCCACCAGACUACAAUACUGAGGGGGGUGGUCCGCGUUUUCAAUGUCUCCUUUGAUAAGAUGGUGUACAUCCGCACCUCUCUGGACGCCUGGGCCACGCACUUUGACCUGCUGGCAGAGUACAUACCGGGGUCCAGCGAUGGAGACACUGACUGCUUCUCAUUCAAGCUCACCCUGGUGCCUCCCUUCGGGGAAAAGGGGGCCAGAGUGGACUUCUGUCUCCGGUAUGAGACCCCUGUUGGGACUUUCUGGGCCAACAAUAGUGACCAGAACUAUGUGAUGUUUUGUCACCAGAAAAUCAAAGAGCCGAAAGAAAAACCACAAAAAGACAAAAGUGGGUGCAGGAAAAGCAUCCUGAAAGACAUCAGUCAUGAGUUUCCCUGUGACGAAAACUGGUCGUCAACCAAUGCUGAAUCUUCAGAUGUACACAACCGUGGAGGAAAGAUGGCUAGUGUGAACACUUCUGAGUCUCAGUCAGGAGCACUCCAAGAUGAUCGUCAGAAAUUACUGGUUGAGGGCAGCCGGAACUCCAGCAGAAACAAAUGACGAAAGGCAGCACGAUUGGCAAAGGUGUGGGACUACUUCACCCAGAGAGAGG